AUGUCUGAAGACAAUAGCAAGAGUACUGAGUUGGAUGUAGAGCCAGCUUCUGGUGGUAGUGAUGGUGGUGCUGAAAAAGUCACCAUUGAGAAAGAGAGUCGAGAUGUAGAAUAUAAAGUGGAUAUAGAAGCAAAGGAGACUGAGACCGAAGAAACUGAGUUGGCUAAUAAGGGAGAAGUCGAAACUGAAACUGAAGCAGAAGCAGAAGCAGAAGCAGAACCUGAGGUUGGUAUUGAAGUUGAAGAAGAGGAAGAAGAAGGUGAAACUAGAUGUAUCUGUGGUGAACUAGACCCUCCAGAUGAUUCAGGCCUGUACAUUCAAUGUGAACAGUGUGGGGUCUGGCAGCAUGGUUACUGUGUAGGUAUAGCGCAAGGCGAAGAUUCUACUCCAGAUAAAUAUUGGUGUGAACAAUGCAAACCUGAUUUGCAUCGUAUAUAUACAGUAGAGGCUACUGGGGAGUUGAGAUCUUCUUACAAGCCUGUUCAAGAGAAAAAAUCACAAAAUGAAAGAAGGAGAAGAGGUGGUGAUAGAUCAAGAAAUAAUGGUUCUAAUACUGCCAGUAGCGGUAGAUCAAGUGGGAACACUACCAGUAAUUUGGAAUCUGUGAAAAAUGAACAAAUUGAGGAAGAAAAGGGAGCACCUAUUAGUACGAGUAGAAGAUCAAGAACUAGUGAGUCCACCGAAGAUCCGAUGGAAGAAGAUACGGAAGAACGAGAACCAGGCGAAACAACCCCAAAUGUUACAAGAGAUGCUAGAGUAGGAGCUGUCGGGGAAGAAGAUGAAAAUGAUGAUGGUGAUGAUGAUGAUGAUGAUGAUAAUAACGAGUCUAGCAGAAGAUACCAAGAUAGAAAAAGAGCUACGUUUUCCGCAAGAGAAGAAAAGCAUUACCAAUUGAUGCUGGAAAAAGCUAUAAAGGAGAGCAAACGCGCAACUAAUAACUCUGCAGAAGAAGAAAUUACAGAUGAAAAGAAAUUAAGUACUGAUGCCGAAAUUAAUAGAAAUGAUAAACCUACGGAGAAUAACUUGGCUGAUGACACCACUAAUCCAAAUACAAGGACCUCCACUAGGAGGAGUCCAACAGCAAGGUCAGAGACAGUAUCUUCAACAGAAGAAAAUGAUAUUACCGAUAGUAAAGAUUCUUCAAAUUUAACCGGUUGGAAUCAAAAUAAACGUACAGGAACAAGAAAAUCUCAAAGAGUAUCAAAAGCUAACAGUAGGAGGAAAGCGAAAUCACCAUCAAAUACACCAAAUGUUACUGGUUCAAAUUCAAAUCUAUCUGCAGAGCCAGAUAUCAACAAACCGGUAAAACCAAGACUCCCCCCACAAAGGACUUCCUUAAAUGAAAUGAGAAGGCGUGUAGCGGCUAUACUGGAAUUUAUAUCAAGAACACAGUGGGAAUUAGGCCAAGAACAAAAUUCAAAGGACGAUCUAGUACGAUUCGUUGAAAACCAACAAUUCAUUAAACAGGUCGAUCUAAUAUAUGGUAAUUAUGAUGAGAGUUUAAAAAUUAUGGACGAUUUAACUAGAACUCUACUGUUGUGGGAAAAGAAAUAUUCAAAUGGAUCUUCAUUUAACGAUUAG